AUGUACCAGAUCGGAAACAUCUACUUCAUCACGGCCAUCGCCGUCAUCGGCGGUGGCCUGUUCGGCUUCGAUAUCUCGUCCAUGUCGGCCAUCAUCUCGACCCAACAGUACCUGUGCUACUUCAACCAGGGCGGCAUGACGGGCGAGAACAAGUGCGCCGGCCCCAACUCGGACGUCCAGGGCGGCAUCACCGCCGCCAUGCCCGGCGGUUCGUAUGUCGGCGCCAUUGCUUCCGGCUUCCUUUCCGACAACCUGGGCCGCAAGAAGGCCAUCAUGAUCGGCUGCUGCUUCUGGAUCAUUGGCUGCAUCAUCAUGGCCGCCGCCCAGAACAUCGGCAUGCUCGUUGCCAGCCGCUUCAUCAACGGCCUCUGCGUCGGAAUCUGCUCCGCCCAGGUCCCCGUCUACGUCUCCGAGCUGGCUCCCCCCACCAAGCGCGGCGCCGUCGUCGGCGCCCAACAGUGGGCCAUCACCUGGGGCAUCUUGAUCAUGUUCUACAUCUCCUACGGCACCUCCUUCAUCAACGGCACCGCCGCCUUCCGCAUUCCCUGGGGCCUGCAGGCCAUCCCCGCCGUCCUGCUCCUGUUCGGCAUGCUCUUCCUGCCCGAGUCGCCGCGUUGGCUCGCCCGCAAGGACCGCUGGGAGGAAUGCGAGAGCGUGCUCACCCUCGUCCACGGCAAGGGCGACCGCGGCAGCCGCUUCGUCCAGACCGAGUUCGCUGAGAUCAAGGCCAUCGUCGAGUUCGAGCGCCAGAACGCCGAUGUCACCUACCUCGAGCUGCUCAAGCCCAACAUGAUCAACCGCACCCACAUCGCCAUCAUGACCCAGGUCUGGUCCCAGCUGACGGGCAUGAACGUCAUGAUGUACUACAUCUCGUAUGUUUUCACCAUGGCUGGUCUCAGCGACACCCUGCUCGUUUCGUCGUCGAUUCAGUAUGUCAUCAACGUCGUCAUGACCAUCCCCGCCCUGCUGUACGUCGACCGCUGGGGCCGUCGCCCGACGCUCCUGAUCGGUGCCGCCCUCAUGAUGACCUGGCUCUUCGCCAACGCCGGCAUUCUCGCCACGUACGGCAAGUACGCCGGUCCCAACGGCGUCAAUGGCAUCAAGGAAGCCUCGUGGGAGGUCAGUGGAGCCGCUUCCAAGGGCAUCAUCGCCUGCUCCUACCUCUUCGUCGCCUCGUACGCACCGACCUGGGGUCCCGUUUCUUGGAUCUAUCCUCCCGAGAUCCUCCCGCUCCGCGUCCGUGGCAAGGGCGUCGCGCUCGCGACGUCGGCCAACUGGAUCUUCAACUUCGCGCUGGCCUACUUCGUGCCGCCGGCGUUCGUCAACAUCCAGUGGAGGGUCUACAUCGUGUUCGGCGUCUUCUGCAUCGCCAUGUUUAUCCACGUCUUCUUCAUGUUCCCCGAGACGGCGGGCAAGACGCUCGAGCAGGUCGAGGACAUCUUCACCGACUACCAGAACGGCAUCAAGUACAUUGGCAUCCCCGCGUGGAAGACGCACCAGCAGCUCGGCGGCGCCAAGGCGCUCGAGCGCGGCGACGUGGAGAAGGGCGGCCUGCAGGAGGAGCACAGCCCCGAGCGCGUGGAGGAGGCGGCGAAGGUUUGA